UUAUGUUGUCUGUUGCCGGGCGGACGUGUGAAAACGUGCGUUCGACUACACAGUUUGCGUUUGACUGUUCACAAUGGCGAGAGAAGACUUUGCCUCCGGCUGCAAAGUUCCCGUUACACCUCGAGCGUACGACGCGAUCCAAAAUGUUGACGUCGAUAGCUUGGCCGCCCUGCCGGAAUGGGAGCUACGGCCCCUGCUGCCAUGUCUCGUUCGCAUGGCGUUGUGUUCCCCCCUGGAUCAACGCAAGGUGGGGACAGAAAAGAAAACUGUGCUUAAGAUACUGUCCGGCAUUGAGCUCGUCAAUUCGCUCGUGGCCCUGCUGUCUAUCGAUUUCCACGCCCUCGAACUUGACGUGAAGAAGGAGCAACAACUUCGACUGAAGCUUGGACCUCACUCAGGGGAUAGUAUAUUGGUAUCGUCGCUCCAAAAUUCCUUGGCACUCGAGUUCGAAAGGAGUGACGCUGCCAGGAAGUUGCGACUGGUGCUCAGCGAGCUUUUGGCUUUCAUUGCUCAAGUCAAGGAUAGCCGAAGUGAGCCAGGCACGAAGAAUUCGGACCUGUUCGAUAAUGAUGUCUACCUGGACGAAGUUGCAGAUGUAAUGUGCAUUGCUCAUGCAGAACUCCCGGGAAUUCUGCAUAUUCAGGACAUUGCAGAAACGCUGAUUCACCUCCGGAAUGGGCCAGACCUCCUCUGUCGACUCAUAGCCAAUGCUCCGGACAGUUUCUCUGAGGUGUGCCUUGCCCUGAUCUCCAAUGGUGACAAGCAAGAUGAGGAUACUAUGGGUGGCUGUGUACGCAUGCAUGCUCUGCAUCUGCUCUGUAGGAUGAACCCAGCGCAGUCACUGGUGGUGCGGGCAAAAGCGGUGGAGCUGUGCCGAAUGCCUGGCCUGGCUGUCCUGCUGAGCUUGGAUCACUGCCACAGCACUGAGCAGAACGACGAGCUCAGUUCUGCUGGGGACUUGGUGGCCUUUGUGAGCGGCCUCUUGUUGGGCAGUGAUGACAAAGUUCGCACAUGGUUUGCCCAGUACGUGCGAAGUUGCCAGAAGAAAGGAGAAUCGGGAAAGGGCAGCACCCUGCAGGCCCUGCGGGAGGAGCUGCUGUCACGGCUGCAAGGUUUGCUCCUCUCCAGCCUCGAGCAGCACGACUUGCCCGACUGUAGGGUGGUGCAGGCCAAUGCCCUGCUGCGCCUCUUCUGCGCCCUCAGGGGCAUUGCCGCUCUCAAGUUCACAGAAGACGAGAUAGUGGUUUUGAUGCAGCUGCUGACAUCGCACCCUCCUCCGAGUGCAGCCGGCAUCCGGUUUGUGUCGCUCGGACUGUGCAUGCUGCUGGCAUGCCCGUCUCUAGUCUCCAGCCAGGAGCACGAGCGCCAGGCAACUCAGUGGAUACGCUGGCUCAUGAAGGAGGAGAGCUACUUUGGCAGGACGAGUGGUGUGAGUGCUUCCUUCGGGGAGAUGUUGCUGCUGAUAGCGAUCCACUUUCACAGCAACCAGCUCACGCCCAUAGCCGACCUGGUGUGCUCCACGCUGGGCAUGAAGAUACCCAUUCGACCCAACAGCCUGGCCAAGAUGAAGACCAUCUUCACCCAAGAACUCUUCACUGAUCAGGUGGUUACGGCACAUGCGGUCAAAGUCGCAGUGACCCCGAACCUCAACGCCAACACUGCAGGCUUCCUUCCUGUUCACUGCAUCUACCAGCUUCUCAAGAGCAGGGCAUUCACCAAGCACAAGGUGCGCAUCAAGGACUGGGUGUUCAAGCAGAUCUGUGCCAGCACGGCACCCCUGCACCCGAUCCUUCCGGCGUUGGUUGAGGUGUACGUCAACUCGGUCAUCGUGCCCAGCUGCAAGAACUCGGCCCAGGAGAUGACCAACGAGCCACUGUCUGAGGAGGAGAUCGCUUCCAUGUUCGGCACUUCUCUUCAGGAUGGCAAAGCACCCAAUGGUGGGAAACCGGGUUCGGGUGCCCGAGAUGACAACGGAGAUAUGACGGUACCUCAACUGCUGCUACUGUAUUACUUACUACUGUAUGAGGACACCCGACUGAACAACAUGAAGGCCAUCGUGUCCUCUGGUCGCAAGGUGAAGCGGUACGGGGCUGAAUUGCUGUCCCAGCUGCCCAUCCGGUAUUUGGUGAUGCGGGCGCAGCGGGAGGAACGAUAUGCGGGCCUCUUCCCACCACUGCUGCGCCUGCUAGCCUCGCACCAUCCGCACCUCUGCAUGGUGGACGACUGGCUCCGCGGCGAAAGUGCCGCUGCGGUCACCGCCCUGCCGCACCGUCGCUUUGGACCACGGUUGGGGCCAAGGGCACCGUGCACUGUGCCCAGCCUUGCACAAGCCUUCAGCCGCUUGCACAAGUGUCCCAUCGACCUGAUGUCACAGCUGGACCGGCUGAACACGAUGCCGCUGCCCCAGCUUUGGCCCUAUGCCCAGCCGCUGGUCUCUAACCUACCUCUCCUCCUGGAGGAAGGAUGCCCAAGACAGGUGAUGGAGCGAGCAAAGACAGGUGUGGUGGCGGUUGAACGAAGUGUUCCCUCGCCGACCUCUGGGUGCUGACUGCCAACGCUCUGAGGCUACCCUGCCGCAUGCGACCUCUCAC